AUGCUCAUUUUGGUGUGUAUUGCUAGAGAGUUUUUGGUGGGUUUUUUUGGGAGAGUGCAUGUGAUCAGCACAGGGCCAAUCAGCACUGUCCAGACAGAGGGUCAGGGGUUUUGCAUCCUCCUAGAGCAGAAAGAAAACUCCUCCUACAAGCUUUAACCAGUGCUCUGCUCAACACUGAUAGAAGUCACAAGACUGGUCUAACUGCUGAUAAGAAAAUGUAUUUAGCAAUUCAUAUCUAAUAAAAUAAUUGCACUUCCAUGUUCAGUGUACUGUGGCAGACCAGAUAUAGUGAAUGCAGAUUCCUGGG